AUGGAGAGUGGGGGACGAUCUGCGAUGAUAAUUGGGAUUUAGUGGAGGCUAGGCUUGUGUGUCGUCAACUAGGGUAUCCGGAUGCCAUUGCAAAACUUGAUGGGGAGCAGGUUCCAUCUGGUUCGGGGCGUAUUUGGUUAGAUAACGUCGCUUGCACUGGGAAAGAGGAGAGUAUAGCAAUGUGUCAUCAUAAUGGUUUUGGGGUAAACGAUUGCUCACAUUCUGAGGACGCUGGAGUAGAAUGUAGAAGAACAGCUUUUAAGCUAAGGUUACAAGGCCCAUUGAUUGAGAGUGGUAUUGGUCGCGUGGAGGUAUUAUAUAAUGGACAAUGGGGGACAAUCUGUGAUGAUGACUGGGAUAUAAAUGACGCGAAAGUUGUAUGUCGCGAACUUGGUUAUCCAGGUGCUCUCAAUGCUCUUCAAGGCACCCGGGUUCAAUCUGGUUCUGGACAUAUAUUGUUAGAUAGCGUCUCGUGCACUGGAACAGAAGAAAGUCUUGCACAUUGUUCUCACCAAGGAUGGAAAAAUCAUGAUUGCAGCCAUUCCGAAGACGCUGGUGUGCAAUGCAUGACGACAGCUAUUGAAGUUACAGGGAAUCUAUCGCAAACACUCAGAUUGGAAGGGCCAUUGAGCGCAAAUGGAACAGGCCGUGUGGAAGUAUUAUACCAAGGACUAUGGGGGACAAUCUGUGAUGCUGGAUGGGGAAUCGAAGAUGCUAGGGUGGUAUGUCGUCAGCUUGGUUAUCCGGAUGCCGUAAGACAUAUUGUAGGAGGGCAAGACAUUCGUUCGAGGCGUUUAGGACCCAUUUGGCUAUCUAACGUCGCUUGUACUGGCCAAGAACAAAAUUUAACCAGUUGUCCUCAUGAUGGUUGGGGAAAUAAUGCUUGCCCUUAUUACAGGGACGCUGGAGUAGAAUGUAGUAGAACAGUUCUUGCAGAUAAACCUUUGUCAUUGAGGUUAAAAGGACCUUUGAGUGCAACUGGAACAGGACGGGUGGAAGUACUCUAUAAUGGACAGUGGGGAACAAUUUGUGAUCAUGGCUGGGAUUUAAGAGACGCGAAAGUUGCGUGUCGUCAACUUGGGUAUCCAUAUGCUUUUAACAUUCUUCGAGGUGGCGAGGUACCUUCUGGCUCUGGACGAAUUUGGCUAACUAAUGUCGCUUGCAAUGGAGACGAACAAAAUAUAACAAGUUGCUUUCAUUAUGGAUGGGGCUAUCACGAGUGUGACCAUAACAGAGACGCUGGAGUAAUGUGUACAAGAACAGAGCCGAAUCUGCCAAUUAGGUUGCAAGGGCCACUAAAUGCUACUGGUAUUGGUCGUGUUGAAGUGCUUCAUGACGGAGAGUGGGGCACAAUCUGUGAUGAUCGCUGGGGAUUUGAUGAUGCAAGGGUUGUUUGUCGUCAACUUGGUUUUUCAGAUGCCGUGAGUGAACUCCCAGCGGGCGGUGUUCCACCUGGUUCUGGGCGUAUUUGGUUGGAUGAGGUUGCCUGUACUGGAGAAGAAGGAAAUAUAGCAAUGUGUUUCCACAACGGUUAUGGAAAUGAAGAUUGCACGCAUUCUGAAGACGCCGGAGUAAUAUGCAGGAGUACAGGUACUUGGAAUCAAUCUGAAGCACUGAGGUUACAAGGACCACUAAGUGCAAACGGAACAGGUCGUGUUGAAGUGUUCUACAGAGGGCAAUGGGGCACAGUCUGUGACAAUGGGUGGGAUUUCGAAGAUGCUGUUGUUGCAUGUCGUCAACUUGGGUAUGCGGCUGCAAUCAGAUCCAUAUCUGGGAGAGAGGUUCUACCUGGUACUGGACCUGUUAUGUUAUCUCUCGUUGCUUGUAAGGGCCAAGAAGAGAAAAUAACAAGUUGUGCUCAUAAUGGUUGGGGCAAUAAUGCCUGUUCACACUCUGAAGACGCCGGGGUAGAAUGUAGUAAGACAGUUGUUACUGAGCCUGUUAAAGUGAGAUUACAAGGUCCUCUGGAUGUAUAUGGAAUAGGUCGUGUAGAGGUAUUCUACAAUGGACAAUGGGGGACAAUCUGCGAUGAUGCAUGGGAUAUGAAUGCCGCCAAGGUGGUAUGUCGCCAACUUGGAUAUUCAAGUGCUUUCAGAUAUCUCCAAGGCGGUCAGGUUUCAUCUGGUACUGGACCCAUACUUUUAGAUGAUGUCUCGUGUAAUGGGACAGAACAAAAUUUAGCAAGUUGUUCUCAUCGAGGAUGGGGAAAUCAUGAUUGCACUCAUUCCGAAGACGCUGGUGUGGAAUGUCUCAUAGAAGCUGAUGCUGAUAAUAUAUCGCAAACACUAAGGCUAAAAGGCCCAUUAAGUGCAAAUGGAACAGGUCGUGUUGAAGUAUUUCAUAAUCGACUAUGGGGAACAAUCUGUGAUGAUGCAUGGGAUAUCAAAGAUGCCAGAGUUGUAUGUCGUCAACUUGGUUAUCCAGACGCAGUGAGAUCUCUUGGUGCGGGUCAGGUGCCUCCAGGAUUUCAUGGAAAUAUUUGGUUAUCUCACGUCAAUUGUACUGGUAGAGAACAAAAUCUAACAAGAUGCUCCUAUACUGGUUGGGGAAAUACUGGUUGCUCACACUCUGAAGACGCUGGAGUAGAAUGUAGUACAACAGUUCUUGAAGGUAAACCUGUACCACUGAGGUUACAAGGACCGUUGAGUGAGAAUGGAACAGGUCGUGUUGAAGUACUUUACAAUGGACAGUGGGGAACAAUUUGUGACGCUGGAUGGGAUUUACGAGAUGCUAAGGUUGCGUGUCGUCAACUUGGCUAUUCGCAUGCUUUUAAUGCUCUUCAAGGGAGGGAUGUUCGCUCUGGUUCCGGACAAAUAUGGUUAGCUAAUGUCGAUUGUUCUGGAAACGAAAAGAAUAUAACCAGUUGUACUCAUUCUGGGUGGAAAAAGCACAGCUGCGAGCAUACCCAAGACGCUGGAGUUGAAUGCACGACAGAAGAACCGAAUCUACCAGUACGGUUACAAGGGCCAUUAAGUGCGAAUGGUACUGGUCGUGUAGAAGUGUUCCACGACGGACAGUGGGGGACAGUUUGUGAUGAUGACUGGGAUAUGGAUGAUGCUAAAGUUGUCUGUCGUCAACUUGGAUUUUCAUAUGCCCUCAGUAGAUAUGUAGCAGGUGAUGUUCCAUCUGGUACAGGGCCUACUUGGUUAGAUAAUGUCGCCUGUACUGGAGAAGAAAAAAACAUAGCAAUGUGUUACCACAACGGUUUGGGAAAUGAAGAUUGCACGCAUUCUGAAGACGCCGGAGUAGAAUGUAGUAAUACAGAUUAUUCUUCAAAGGAUGGAUCGCUAAGGUUACAAGGUGAUUUAAGUGCAAGUGGCAUUGGCCGUGUUGAAAUACUCUACGCAGGGCGGUGGGGAACGAUAUGUGAUGAUGAAUGGGAUAUCAAUGAUGCUAAUGUUGCAUGUCGUCAGCUCGGUUACCCAGGUGCGGUCAGAUCUAUCGAAGGGUUGGACGUUCCUGACGGUGUUGGACCCAUAUUGCUAGAUGACGUCUCGUGUAAAGGAACAGAACAAAAUCUAACAAGUUGUUCUCACAGAAGAUGGGGAAAACAUGAUUGCAGUCAUCCUGAAGACGCCGGCGUUGAAUGCACUACAACUGAUACUUGGAAUCAAUCGCAAGCAUUGCGGUUACAAGGUCCAUUGAGUGCAAAUGGAACAGGUCGCGUUGAAGUCUUCUACAGGGGUCAAUGGGGAACAAUCUGUGACGGUGGAUGGGAUUUCAAAGAUGCUAUUGUUGCAUGUCGUCAACUUGGGUAUGCGUUUGCAGUCAGAUCGAUUCCUGGGGGAGAGGUUCCUCCUGGCACUGGACCUGUUAUGUUAUCUAACGUCCGUUGCACUGGCCAAGAACAGAAUAUAAGAAGUUGUCCUCACAAUGGAUGGGCAAAUAAUGACUGCCCACAUUCAAACGACGCUGGAGUAGAAUGCGGUACAACAGGUGUUGCCGGCGAGCCGGGAUCAUUGAGAUUACAAGGACCAUUGAGUGCAACGGGUAUAGGUCGUGUUGAAGUACUCUACAAUGGACAAUGGGGGGCGGUUUGUAAUCGUGGGUGGCAAAUAGGCAAUUCUAAGGUUGUUUGUCGUCAACUUGGAUAUUCCGGUGUCAUCAGAACUCUUUCAAGGGACGAGGUUCCUUCCGGUGAUGGACCUAUAUGGUUAUCUAACCUCCACUGCACAGGAGAAGAACAAAAUAUAACAGGCUGUGAUCAUAGCGGAUGGGGAGAUUAUAAUUGCGAAGGAUACGAAAACUUUGGCGUGGAGUGUCAAACCACAGUUUAUGUAGGUCGGCCUGGGUCACUGAGGUUACAAGGACCAUCAAGUGCGAAUGGCACCGGCCGUGUUGAAGUACUCUACAAUGGACAAUGGGGGACAAUCUGUGAUGAUAAUUGGGAUAUGAGAGAUGCCAAGGUUGCAUGUCGUCAACUCGGUUUUCCAGAUGCUCACAGACCUCUUCGAGGUGGCCAGAUCCGACCAGGCUCUGGUCGUAUAUUUUUAGAUGAAGUUUCGUGUACCGGAACAGAACAAAACAUAUCAAGUUGUUCUCAUAGUGGAUGGGGAAUUAGUGAUUGCUCACAUAACGAAGACGCUGGAGUAGAAUGUAGCAGAACAGUUAUUGACGUUACUGGUAAUCUAUCGCAAAUACUGAGGUUACAAGGACCAUUGAGCGCAAAUGGAACAGGUCGUGUUGAAAUAUUCUACAAUGGCAAGUGGGGAACAAUCUGUCAAGAUGGUUGGGAUAUCAAAGAUGCCAGGGUUGCAUGUCGUCAACUUGGUUAUCCUGAUGCAGUAAGAUCUCUUGGUGGGGGUUAUGUUCCUUCAGGAACUGGGAAUAUUUGGUUGACUCAAGUCUCCUGUACUGGCAAUGAACAAAGUAUAACAAGCUGUUACCAUGAUGGAUAUGGAAAUAAUAUUUGCUCACAUAGUGAAGACGCUGGAGUAGAAUGUAAUACGGAAGUUAUUGCAGGAAGGCCAGUUUCCGUGAGACUUCGAGGCCCGUUGAGUGCAAAUGGAACAGGUCGCGUUGAAGUGCUCUACAAUGGACAAUGGGGAACAAUCUGCGAUGAUGGAUGGGAUAUAAAUGACGCCAGGGUUGCAUGUCGUCAGCUUGGUUAUCCUGAUGCAAUAAAGUCUCUUCGUGGGGGAGAGGUUCCAUUUGGGUCUGGACCUAUUUGGUUAUCUUACGUAAACUGUAUUGGCCAAGAACCGAAUAUAACAAGUUGUUCUAAUAAUGCUUGGGGAAAUAAUGCUUGCUCACAUUCUGAAGACGCUGGAGUGGAAUGUAGUACAACAGAAAUAGGUCCUGUUAAAAUCAGGUUACGAGGUCCUUUAAGUAGACUUGGAAAAGGUCGUGUUGAAGUGUUGUUCCAAGGACAAUGGGGGACAAUUUGUCGUGAUGAAUGGGAUUCGAGAGAUGCUGCGAUUGUAUGUCGUCAACUUGGUUAUCCGGAUGCUCUGAGAACACUCAUUCAGGUUCCUCCUGGUUCCGGACCUAUAUGGUUAGAUGGCCUCUACUGCAAGAGGAAAGAAACUGAUAUAACCAGAUGUUCCCAUGCCGGAUGGGGAGUUCAUGAUUGCAGUCAUUCCGAGGAUGUCGGAGUUGAAUGCAAAACAGCAGAAAAUAAACCUAGAACAUUAAGGUUGCGAGGACCAUCGAGUGCAAAUGGAAAAGGUCGUGUUGAGAUUCUCCACAAUGGACAAUGGGGGACCAUCUGCGGUGAUGGAUGGGGCAUGAAAAAUGCGAAAGUUGCAUGUCGUCAACUUGGUUAUCCAGAUGCGGUCAGAUCUCUUCUUUAUAAGCAAGUUCAAUCGGGCGAUGGACCUAUUUGGUUAUCCUAUGUAACUUGCAAUGGGACCGAACAAAAUGUUUCACUUUGUUCUCACAACGGCUGGGGAAUCCAUUUUUGCACACAUCGUGAAGACGUUGGGGUAGAAUGUAGUACAAGAGUUCUAGAAAAUAAGCCUGUAACACUGAGGCUACAAGGACCAUCGAGUGCCAUUGGGAAAGGUCGUGUAGAAGUGCUUUACAAUGGACAAUGGGGAACAUUCUGUGAUGCUGAUUGGGACAUAAACGAGGCUCGAGUUGUAUGCCGUCAACUUGGUUAUCUUAACGUUGCAAGAGCUCUUGCAGGCUCCCAAACACCUUCAGGCACUGGUCAUAUUUGGCAAUUUGGUGUUAAAUGCACAGGACGAGAAGAAAGCAUGGCUAAUUGUUCUUACUCCGAUUGGGGAAAAGGGGAUGUUUACUGUACACAUUACGACGACGCUGGAGUACAAUGUAUUUCAGCUGCUUCAGGUCGGCCUGGGUCACUCCGACUACAAGGACCAUCGAGUGCGAAUGGAACCGGUCGUGUUGAAGUACUUUAUAAUAGGCAAUGGGGGAAAAUUUGUGAUGAAGGAUGGGAUAUUAAUGAUGCCAGGGUUGCAUGUCGUCAACUUGGUUAUCAAGAUGCUGUUACUGCUCUUCAAGGAUCACAGGUUCCUCGUGGUUAUGGUCCCAUAUGGUUAAACAAUAUCACUUGUUCUGGGGAAGAAAAAAAAUAUCCAGUUGUUCCCAUGGGGGAUGGGGGAAUCAUGAUUGCCGGAGCUACACUGACGUUGGACUGGAAUGUAGCAAUAGAGUUCUUACAGCGACUACUUGGCCAGUAAGGUUACAAGGGCCAUUGAGUGCGAAUGGAACAGGUCGUGUUGAAAUACUGUACAACAGAGAAUGGGGAAGAAUAUGUGAAUAUGGCCAGUGGGGUAUAAAAAAUGCCAGGGUUGUCUGCCGUCAGCUGGGAUAUCCUGAUGCAGUCCAAGCUCUUCUAAAGAGUCAGGUUCCACGAGGUUCUGGACGCAUUUGGUUAUCUUCAGCCACUUGUACUGGAGACGAACAAAAUAUAACAAGCUGUCCUCAUUUCGGAUGGGGAAGAACUUUUUGCGGGAAUUCUGACGAUGUUGGAGUCGAAUGUAGUAAAACAGUUAUUUCAGAUAAACCGGUUCCAGUCAGGUUACAGGGGCCAUUAAGUGCAUAUGGAACAGGUCGUGUUGAGGUAUUUUACGCUGGACGAUGGGGAACAAUCUGUAAUUAUGGAUGGGAUCUAAGAGACGCUAGGGUUGUAUGUCGUCAACUUGGUUAUUCGGAUGCUAUCAAUCAUCGUGGAGAAAGAAGGGCUCCUGUUGGUUCUGGCCCCAUUUGGUUAAGUGAUGUUGCUUGUAAUGGAACCGAGCAAUACUUGACCAACUGUUCUCAUGCUGAUUGGGGAAGCGGAACUAGAUUUUGCAGACAUGAUUACGACGUUGUAGUAUAUUGUAUUUCAGUUGAUCCAGGUAGACCUGGGUCCCUCAGGUUACAGGGACCACAAAGUGCCAAUGGAACAGGUCGAGUUGAAGUACUCCACGAUGGACAAUGGGGAAAAAUUUGUAGUCAUGCAUGGGACAUAGAAGAAGCAAGGGUAGCUUGUCGUCAACUUGGUUAUCCAGAUGCUGUUAGAGUUCUUCCCUGGUACAUUGUACCUUCUGGUUCUAGUCGUGUAUGGUUGGAGAAGGUCUUUUGUACCGGAAGCGAACAAGACAUAAAUGGUUGUGCUCAUUCCGGAUGGGGAAAUAGUAAUUGUGUGCAUUUUGAUGUCGCUGGGAUAGAAUGCAAUACAUCAGUCGAUUUCUACGUUGCAGUUUUACUGUUAAACAAGUAUCAUAGUAAAGUACUCGUAACCACAGAUAUAUCCGGUAAACAAGAAUAUUUCGAACUUGAACCGAGUAAAACAGUGGUCAAGAGUGAAAAAUUGAAGACUUCGAAAUCGUUAGCAGUUAGUGCGGUCGAUGCUGGUACGAAUCAAACGGUUAUCAUCAACGGCCAGUCUGUUGUUUAUGUAAAGCCGACUAUCAAGGAAAAGAUUUCUUUGACCGUUCUCCACAUCCAAGCACCAUAAUCCUGGAUUGAUCGUAGAAUCGCGAGAACGUCAACAACUCCGCGAACCAAUGCACAACACAAUAUUGAUUAU